CACAACCUCAGGCUCACAUAUAUUUAUCAAGCAGCUUUCCAACCAAUACUUCAUCCAAUCCAUCCAAAUCGAUCAACAUAUUGAGCUAAAUUAUACUAUUACACACUUUUUCAUCAUCGUUGAUCUACCUUUACUCAUCAAUCAAUCCAAAGAGUCUCAUCGAUCUCAUCGACGUCAUAUCAAAUCCACCGUAUCUACUCCGUUUGGUGAUUGUUUCCCAUCAUCACCCUGUGAACCUGUGACGGCGUCUUUAUACUGCUCUUCUGUCUAUUUAUUCCACAUUGGGUAAACACCAAAAGCACUCUAUAAAGAUCAUCCUACUACCUCACAUCCUCUUUUCCCUUUUAUAGUACUUCUUCAUUGAUUUUGGUUAUCAAUCUCUUAGUCUCCAUCACCCGCUUUCUUAGAUCCCUUAUCAUUUCCGGAACUUUUUACUCACUGAACUUCUGCCCUUCGGUGGUUUUUACUAAUCUUUCGUCCGAUAACUUGCUUGUGCUUCCGAAAAAAAAAAAACACUUCAUUACAUCAUAAAUUUCAAUUGAUUCUAUUUUGGUGUGACAUAUUCUCAUUGCAUCAUCACAGUCAUCCCUUUACUCAUCCUCUUAUCUCGUCAUCAAGUCGAUCAUCUUUGCUUAAAAUCGUGGUGAUACAGAUAACAUUUCAAAGGAAAGACCAUUAAGAUUAGAUAUAUAAAUCAUCAACUUGCGUAUCACAAUCGACCCACCUCUUCAAUCUCGCCUCAAUUCUACGGUUCCCACAAAUAACAAUCUUGCUUGACUCUUUCAUAUUUUCUUUUUCAACAUUGACCAAGCGCGUAAAAAGUAAAGAUGAAAAAUCCUACUGAACCACAAGAUGUUAAAGCUUUUACGGACAACCAAGAAAGAGGUUCAACAACUAAUUCAAUGCCACUCGAAUGGAAGUAUGCGAAAUAUUUCCCUGGUGGUUAUAAUCGUAAACGUCAAUUACCUUUCACUGGUCAUACGAUGACAUGGGCUGUUAAUUUGAUCGCUGGUAUUGCUAUCAUGUUUUAUGGAUUUGAUCAAGGAGUGAUGUCUGGUGUUAACAAUACACAUGAUUAUCAACGUCGUAUGGGUAUUUUCAGUGAUCCUCAAACUGAAGGUGAUUCAGCAAAGAUUGGAGGAAUCGUCGCAGUCUACUAUGGCGGUACUCUCAUUGGUGCUUUGAUUGCAGGUGUCCUUGGAGACAAGAUAGGUCGUGUCAAAACAAUCAUCUUUGCGUGUCUGUGGGCUAUUUUUGGUGCAUCACUUCAAGCCUCUGCAAGAAAUAUCACAUGGAUGUGUCUUUCCCGAGUACUUACAGGAAUUGGUACUGGUCAACUCAAUGCGCUUGUACCUGUAUGGACUUCUGAACUUUCACAUCAUGAAGGUCGUGGUGCUGCCAUGGGUUUCGAAUUUCUUUUGAACAUUGCUGGAUUGGCUUUAGCUUACUGGAUCGAAUUUGGUUUGAGAGGCGCAAGUAGUGAAGGAUUACGUUGGAGAUUACCAUUGGCAAUCCAAAUCGUAUUCUUGGUAGUCCUCUUAAUCAUGGUUCCGCUCUUCCCAGAGUCUCCCCGAUGGCUCGCCAAAGUUGGAAAAACAGAUGAUGCUCGUCACAUUCUUACAGUAUUACGUUCAAGUAAAGGAGAGACUACAGAAGAACUGAAUGACAAAGUUGAUUCUGAGUUCCAAGGAAUCCUUGAAGCAGUUCAAAUCGAACGUCAACAUGAUAGUACUACUACUUAUUGGAGUAUGCUUACUAAGAACGAUCCAUUACAUUUACGUCGUCGUACUUGGCUUAUCAUUUGGCUUCAAAUUAUGCAAGAACUGGUGGGAAUCGGUGUAAUUACUGUCUAUGCUCCUACUGUCUUUCAACAGGCUGGUUACAGUGAAUACAAGUCGAAUUUGCUUUCGGGUAUCAAUGAUUUGUCAUACAUGAUGAGUGUUUUAGUCGCCGUUGUCACACUUGAUCGCGUUGGUCGUCGAGUCACUCUGUACUGGGGGGCAAUUGUAAUGGGUAUCGCUCUGAUCAUAGCAGGAGUAGGAGCCAAGUAUUCUGGAGAUGGCUCUCUCACCUCUCAUGUACGUCAAAGUUGGGGUGCCGUGGUGACAACUGGUGUCUUCGUUUAUACGGCCACUUUCGGAGCCACUUGGUUGACAGUUCCUUGGUUGGUACCCACUGAGAUCAUGCCAUUGUUUGUCAGAGCCAAAGGUGGUUGUUGGAGUGUCGUUGGAUGGUCGAUUGGAAACGCUGUGGUCACGGAGAUUGCACCUUUCUUGUUUAACGCUAUCACGUAUUGGACUUUCAUUCUCUUCGGAAUCUUGAAUUUCUUCACCUUGCCUAACAUCUACUUCCUCUACCCUGAAACUGCUGGAAGGAGUCUUGAAGACAUGGACGUACUAUUUGAAUCAGAUAGCAUUUGGAUUCACAAAGCACAAGCUCAGGCGCAUCGUCGUAAUGGUCAAGAAUCUUUAACAGGCGGAUCUGAUGUGAUGAUUGAUCCAACUCAUGAUAAAGAUGAACCGAUGACUACUAGAAUGUGAUCUAUUUUUUUGUAUUCAAUUCACUUCGAUUUAUCUUGCUUUCUUUUUUUUUCUGUUCCCCUUAUCUAUAAAAAUCCUUAUCUAUUUGCUUGUUUCAUAUCCUAUUAUCUAAUCCUUGAAUUCCUUUUAUUAUUUUAUUAUCUGUCUUUUUCCUCAGAAUAAGUAGAUGUAGUGUUUUUACAAAUGUAUCUGUUUUUUUUGGUCUGCUAUUGAACUCUUGGAUAUUUACAGGCAAAGUGACCGUUUUGUUGUAUGGAUUUUAAAGAAUGAAAAAUGUCAUUUUGGUUUUUUUUGCCUUGUGUGUAUCACUAGUCUUAGUGUUCUACUGUUACUCUGAUCUAUCAUCUACAUAUUUAUAUUUAUCUUGUAUAUAAAAUCUCUUGGUCUCUGUGGCAGAUUUUCAUCUUUUACUAUACUUUUUUUUUACCAGAGAUCUUUUUCUAGAGAUGGACAAUUGUAGUUAGAUUAAUGUUUUUUUUUGGAUAUGAAGAGGGGUUGAUGCAAGAAUUCCAAGAUUAGACAGAUUUU